UCUAACUGCAUAAUUGCAAUACUUUUAUACAGUGAAAUCUGAUUGGCUUUAGAACAGUCACGUGAAUUGGAACUCUUGUUUGUUUGUUUGUUUGUUUGUUUCGAAUCGCGUUUUCGUUAGCAACUGAUUCGACUAAAAGAUUCAUUGCCCUUGAGAGGAAAGGACGGUGAAAAGGAAGAGCAAUCAGUAUAAAAAUGAUUUGUUGGCCUUCCUCACUACACAGUGGACUAAAUAAUGUUGUUGUGAGGAGUUUCCACGACCUUUACAGGUGUUUGUAGAGCAGCGGGGAAGCGGUUAGCGCUAGCAACUUCCGGAUCAUCUGGAAAGAGUCGACACCGGGGUGUGGCGCAAAACUGCGGAUUAAUAACAUCGCAAAUGUUAAGAAUGAGCAAAAAAAAAAAGUUAGACACAUUUAACUGAGAUGUAGUUUGAGCUGAUAUACUCAUACUGAACACAUCAGGGCAUGAACAUGUCAGAAUCGGACAGUAAAGAGUCGGACAGUAAGGAAUCGAACAGUAAGGAAUCGGAUCUUUAUUUUGAUGUUACUCAGAAGGCCAGUUUGGAGCAUCUUGCAGAUAAUGAUGCGAGUCAAGACGACGCCAGAGGGCGCCAUUUAGGCAAUCAGGGUUUAAAUGACAUUAAAAGCACCUCUACAGGCGACAAAAUGAAACCACAAGGAGAACAUCAUUGUCUCUGGUGUUCAAGCAGGCAUGAACAUGAUACUGUUUAUGCAGUCAACACUCAAGACAACAGCAGGGAUGAACCUAUCGAGAAAUCUCACUGGCAACCACAAGGUGACCGUGACGGGGUUACAGAUGUGCAUCAGGGCAAGAAGAAGCACAGGCGACGGCCUUCCAAGAAGAAACGCCGCUCCAAGCCCUACCACAAACUCUCAUGGGAGGAGAAGAGAGAGCUGGAUGAGCGUCAGAGUGAGCGGGCCAUCCGCAUCCGAACCGAGAUGUUUGCCAAGGGGCUGCCGGUGGCACCGUACAACACCACCCAGUUCAUCAUGGAGGAACAUGAGUGGGAGGAGCCCAACCUUAACACCAUCAGUGAAGAUGAGAUGUUUUAUUACAAGGAUACGGAUGAUCAGUGCAGUGGUGCAGGCAGUGAUUAUAUUGGAAGAUUCAGCGGUCAGGAGUUCCUCGAGCGAGACUUUUCAGAGAUGUAUGAGAAAUAUCACAUGGAGAGCCUCCACAACAUGAGCAAAGAGGAGCUGGUUCAGGAAUACUUGGAGCUGGAGAGGUGUAUGUCCCGCCUUGAGGAGGAGAACAGGCGACUGAGGCUUACCACGGACUCAGAACACGUCAGAGUGCUGGAACACAAACUCGACACACUGUGGGCGAAAACACGAACAACUGUGCUUGCAGAACAUCUUUAAAUGCUCUUUAGUGAACACAAACUAAAUGUCAUUUCUAUGAUUGCAGGAUUAGAUUAAAUUAGAUUUGUUUCUGCUCCAGUAAUGGUUCUUUAAAAUGUUUAUUAAGCUUUUAAUCUUUUUAAAUUUCUGUACCAUUAGAGCACUCAGUAGGGAAUAAAAGCUUAAAAUUAACCCUGAAACUAAAAAACAAUUGUUUGUUUUAAUUUUUUUAUAGUCAUUCUUAAUUAGUUUUUGGUACAUUUAAAUAAUUUGCAAUGAUUUAUUAAGCUUAUUAAUUUUGUUUUUACCAAUUAGGUCAACAUUUAAAAAAUAUUUUAAUAAGUUAGUAAUUUCUAUAAAAUAUUACUAUGCAAGCUUCGUGAGACUAAAUAAAUAAAAGUAAAAUAUUACAUCAUAUCAUAUAUAUCGUUAUCCGAGUUCUGCAUAUUGACUGGGAAACUUUUUUUUGCACAGAAAUUAAAGUGUUAUUUUUGGCUCAAUUUAAACAUCUAUAUUACCAACUAGCCCAAAUUGUGAAUUUUACUACUAGCCGAA